UGAGAUUUUCAUUUGACGUGAAAUUCCAUAAACUUUGUUAUAAUUUUUUAUGAAUUUAUAUUUCUACAACAACUUUAUUGUAUUUUAAAAUUAUUUAUCCUUAGAGAAACUUAUAAACUCAAACAAAUUUUAAUUUGAAAAUUUCAUAUUCUUGAAAAUGGCUGGUACAACUGUAGAAAGAAAGCGUUCGAAGCGAGUAGAUGUCGAUGAUAUGACUGAAACAGGUGAAGGGACGGAGCAAGAUGAUUGGAUGCAGACAAAGACCCUAGUGAAGCCCGAAGAUCAGCUGGAUCUGACUGAGGCUGAACUGAAAGAAGAAUUUACAAGAAUAUUGACUGCAAACAAUCCUCAUGCCCCGCAAAACAUUGUGCGCUACAGCUUUAAGGAGCGUCAGUUCAAACAGAUAUCAAGUGUUGACCAACUGGCUGUACACUUCAGCAUGGAUGGCAACCUACUGCAUAAAGAGUCAGAGGAGGCCAAAAGACAACUCAACAAAACUAGCAUGAUGCCAGAACACAAAACCGAAUCGAUGACUGAAGCCCAGGAAGUGACUGUGGCAGAACCAACAGGUGAGGAGGUGACUGAGGAGGCUGGGGCUGAGGUGGAGGCCAAAGAUGAUGCUGGAGACGAAGGGCCAGCUCAACCUGCUGCUGCCCCCAAGGGCAAGGGCGAGAAAAAACUGACCAAUCAGUUUAAUUUCAGCGAGAGAGCUUCACAGACCUACAACAAUCCAUUCAGGGACCGAGGAACUGUCACUGAGCCCCCUCCCCGAUCAUCUUUUGCCGCUAAUGUCACUCAGUGGGAAAUAUAUGAUGCCUACCAAGAAGAUUUUGAAAAACAGGAAAAAACAAAAGAAAAGAAAGUAGUACCAGGAAGAAAAGAUGAAGGAAGGACAAAGAAAAAAUUUACAAUUUCUGAGUCCUCUGGCGAUGACAUUACACGGGUAGAAACAGCAGCAAAAAUUGUGGAACGCAUGGUCAAUCAAAACACAUAUGAUGACAUAGCUCAAGAUUUUAAAUAUUGGGAGGAUGUAUCGGAUGAAUACAGAGACCAAGAAGGCACCCUGCUACCUCUUUGGAAAUUCUCUUUUGAGAAAGCCAAAAAAUUGGCAAUCACUUCAGUUUGUUGGAGUCCGAUGUAUAAAGACCUCUUUGCUGUUUCAUGCGGAUCUUAUGAUUUUAUGAAGCAAGGAAGCGGUUUGAUUAUAUUCUGGACCAUGAAGAACCCUUCUUACCCUGAAUGUUUCUUUGAGACUGACAGUGGAGUAAUGUGUCUUGAUAUUCACCCCCAACAUCCCCACCUCAUCACUGCUGGUUUCUAUGAUGGUAGUGUUGCCGUCUUCAGCGCACUUGAAAGAAAGGAAGGCCCCAUCCACAGGUGCACUGCAAAAAAUGGCAAACACACGGACCCUGUGUGGCAGGUUCGCUGGCAAAAAGAUGAUGCUGACAACAAUAUGAAUUUCUACUCAAUUUCUUCAGACGGCAGGAUCUGCUUAUGGACAAUACUUAAAAAUGAGAUGAUAUUUCAAGAUGUCAUACGUCUGUUGUUGCCUGAUGUCUCAGCUGAGGGACCAGAUGGUAUCAAAGUACCAACCACAGGCUGUGGGACAGCUUUUGAUUUCCACCAACAAAAGGAUUAUCUGUUCUUGGUUGGCACAGAGGAAGGAAAAGUCCACAUUUGCUCCAAGGCGUACACAAGUCAUUUUAUUGACACCAUAGACGCACACAAUAUGGCAGUGUACAAGGUAUGUUGGAAUCGCUUCCACCCUAAAAUCUUCAUCACAUGCAGUGCAGAUUGGACUGUUAAAAUCUGGGAAAUGAAGGAUACUAUGGAGGCUCAUGAUAAAAAUGAAAUGAGGAAACCACUGUUCUCAUUUGACUUGAACAACUCAGUUGGAGAUGUGGCGUGGGCCCCGUACUCCUCUACAGUGUUUGCUGCAGUCACUUCAGAUGGCAAGGCAUUUGUCUAUGACUUGAACAUCAAUAAGUAUGAGCCUCUCUGUGAGCAAAUGGUUGCCCAGAAAAAGAAAACAAAGCUGACACAUGUAGACUUCAACCCGACCUACCCCAUUGUGGUCGUGGGGGAUGACAGGGGCAGUGUGGUCAGCUUAAAACUUUCACCAAAUCUCAGGAAAAUGAAGGCUGAGAAGAAAGGGGCACCCCCACCAGAUGAGGCCACCAAAGUUCAAAGAGAAAUUGAAAAGCUGGAAAAGAUUUUGUCCAUGGUUAGAGAACAGCCCACUGAAGCCACUCACAACAAGGAUCACUAGAAAAAGAUUCUUGACAAUUUCUCAACAGUAUUUUAAAAAUUACACUAAAAGAUAGUAAGGACUUAAAAAGCAUACAAGAAGAUUCCAACUUAAAAAUGUGUGCAUAAUAUCAUAUACUACAGAUUUUAUAAAUAUUUAACUGGACUUAAAGGAUGUUGACUUAAGUUAUAUGUUUAUACCUUACCGUUACUCAUUUAAACGUUUUCACCAGACAUCAUAAGAAUAUUGUUCCCCAUCAUAGAAACAAUUUUAUACAUUUUGUAUUUGUUUCAGCUGCUUUUUUGGUUUUUAUAAACAUUUAAAUUCACUCCAAUUUGAACCUACUGUGUAUAUAUUUUAAUAGAACUAUCAAUUUUAGAAGUGUUUAAAAAAAUUAAAAUUUGAAGCUUAAAUAUAUUGGUAAAGUAAUUUUUUUAAAUUAGGAAUUUUUUUUUAAAAAGAGAUUUAAUUUUAAAUUGUAGUCAUGUGGUGAAAUAAAAAUUUCUUGAAAUGAUCUUUGAAAUGGUUUCAUUAACAUAAUGUACUAGUUCUACAGUUUGAGCAUUUGUUUAUAUGAAAUUUCUGAAGUUGUUGCAAUUUAUUUGGCUGGGUCAUUUCCUUUUGAUUAAAUUUCAAAUUGAAAUCAGUUGCUGGGCCUUUCCCUAUAGGCUACAUGCUAUAAACUUAAAUGUAUAUAGCCUUAUUAUUUUUCUGAUCUAUUGUAUGCUGCACCAAAGUAUUUAUGUAUUGAACUUAUUUCAGUACGUUCAAUAAAAAACACCCUAAAG